CAUAUCUCCCCAACCAACCUCCUCUCUUUCCACCUACUACACCCAACUCGACCAUGAAGAUCUUUGCUACCAUCGCCGCCCUUGCCUGCUUGGCCGUCGCACGCUCGCAAACGCUGCCCCCGAUCACGAACUGCGCGACAGGACCCACGGACCUGACGAUCGACACCUUCACCCUGGCGCCUUACCCUCUGUGCAUCAACCAGAACGUCUGCGCCACCGGUACCGGCCAGCUGAGCGUCCCAUUGAUCCAAGGUGCCAAGUUGGCGAUCACGGGCAGAUACGGUGGACGUGUGGUCUACACCGAUAACCAGGACGUGUGCACGCUCUUGGCUUCCCAGGGAUUCAGCUGCCCGAUCCCGAUCACCAUGACCUCGAUCACGGUUUGUGUGCUCGUCAAGCCCACUGCCCCUGCGAACGUCCCCGUCGCUCUCACUGUUCUUGUCACGAACGGAAACGGCAACGUGCUCUUCUGCCAGGCUGCCAACGGUGUCAUCGCCAAGAACUGCUAAAUGCUUCUCGGGCGAGAGAGGCUUCACCCCCUUUGGUCCGCUUCAGCGUCUGCCUCCUCUUUUUUUUUUUGUGGU